AUGGAUAUAAACCAUUUUCUGAUGAUUUUAGUUUGCAUAUUCUGGGUCUCAUUUUUCUACUUGAAUACUUUCUUGCUUGUCUGUUCCCUUCCACGUUCUUGGUUAUUUUUUUUCUUGUCUGUGGGCAUAGUCUUUCAAAAUGCCAUUUACUUUUGA